GCCGCAAGCGCUAACAGCCACGCGCUGCUCAGUGCCCUAUUGAGCGUCCCUACUGCUGGCGGCUACCAACUGUUACAGGGAGAAGUAUGCUUUGAGCCAAGUUGCGCAUAAAGGGUGAAGAAGUCCUUAAACGUGCAAAAUGUAGCCAUAGAGUGUGAACUUGCCAAUUUUAGCAAAGCAGGGAUUCAGUUUUACUAGCGUUGUUUUUUGUUUACUUGAAUUAAUCUCGGUCCUUUCAAUGAAGUGUGUAUCUGUCGGAAGGAAGCCCAUUGAAAUAACUAGCCAAGUACGCGGACAUUGGCCAGCCUGUGUGAACUGUGUAGCAACGUCUUAUUUUAUAGAUCUCACUAGUUGAAAUCUGUGCAAGAGCUACUCUUAUAAGUGGAUCGUGAGUUUCUGCCCGGUGUACGGGCAAUCACAGUAGUUGUUGCAGAGUUCCUCGAAAAUAACCGGAUACCCAAUUAUUGGCAGGCUCAGCGCAGCUGCGACGUGAAUACUGGAGAAUAAUCCCCCCGGCCCUAGGGACACAAUGGAUAAACUCGACAAGUAACUGCCGCUUCAAAACCUUAACAUUCAUUUGAAUUUACUGACAACGUAUCGAGAUGUGUAUAUAAACAUCGAACUUGGUUUGCUGUCGAAGGAAAACUAUCGCUGGACCCUAAAAAUUAGGGAACGACCCGCAAUAUUGAAAAAAAGCAGUCAGAACUGCUGGCCGGUUGGAAAGCAGUCAGAAAGAUUGGAAGAUUCCGCACGUUCCCCACGCUUGUGGAACAAGUGCUGCUCUAAGAGCAUAAACGAGUGUCUAAUUAACAGAAACACACGACACUAUAGCCUAGCAAUAUAGUAGUGAACUAGCUCAAAUACCUGAUUACGAAUGACAGUCACACCUUUAGACUAAAUUCUUAGAGAACCAAGGACCAAGGUCAAGGACUCCAAAGUCGACGGCAGCAGCUACUAACAUAAAAGUUAAGAAUUGAUGAGACAAUAGCCCAAUGUUACUUAGUGGAGUGCAUAAACGACAGCAUAAUGUCGACUCAAUACACAUUACUCUCCGAUUUCUCGGGUGACUCAUCUCCGAUUCGACGUCCCUUCAUAUCCUUCAUUGCUGUUGUUUGUUUCGUAGCGUUCUUUGUUUUAUAUAUGGACUUUAUUCCAAUGGUAAUCACGGACCCCAAUAUCAUGGAACCCAACGCAAUUUCUGGUCAACUACGGACUCGUAACUUUACGAGUACUUUCACAACUACAGUUUCAAGUGUCAAACGUUUACAAGAAGCUGAUACAACGACCAGCCAGAUAUCUGUUCGACUAGCUCUAUCCUCGGCGGAGGCUGGUACCGAUAUUGCCGGGGGUAACUCAAUCCUACCGCAUACUGAGUUCUCCAUUUCUAAUAAUACAACGGGCGAAAUUACUGCUGUAGAGAUAACUGCUCAAACGGCCAUCACUAUUGAUGACGCUCCUGUGCCGACUAAUAUCUAUAACAGCUCGGACGCUGACGCUGUUUAUAAUAAAUAUGCGAUAUAUACUGCAAGAUGUCGCAUCCCAGAUUACGAUUACAAUGAGCAGACGAUAAUGAAAAAAUAUUUUUCAAAUACACCUAAGAUGUGUCCUGCUGAUGCAAAACCUUUCGUAUUUUAUCCGAAAAUUGAUCUAAAAGGCUUUUCCUGUAUCGCCUUUGACCAGAACACAUUCGACAAAUACUAUAAAGCUAACUUUAGCAAGUGGAACUGUACCUAUAAAGAAACUUUUCGGAACCCAAAGUACCAGGUCAUCGAUAAACACUAUGAUUUCGGAAAACGAUUACCUCUAGUGGUGGAUUCCUGCCCUCGCAAGGAGUUUCUGUGGAUUGAAUGUGAUUUGCCGGGUACAGGAGGCAAAGAAAAGGACAAAUAUGAACAACCAUUAAUGUUACCUCUGGUGAAACCUGUAAUGUACCCUUUACGCCCAAAUAACUUUGGAAAGAAGCCGGUGCAUGUGUUAAUUGUUGGGUUGGACUCGGUGUCAAGACUCAACGCCCAUCGGCAAUUUCCCAAAACCUUGAAAUUUUUGCAGGCAAAAAAGAACAUUGUGGAGUUAUAUGGUUACAACAAAAUUGGACUUAACUCGGCUCCUAACCAAAUUCCUCUCCUAACUGGAAUCCAGUACUAUCCUGCUCCUGGUUUACGCAGUCGCAUCGACAACACAUAUUUCGAUAACGUCACAAGGUUUUUAUGGAACGAUUAUGAAGAGCGAGGCUAUCGAACAAUGUUCUACGAAGAGCAAUGGCAUUAUGGGCUUUUCGUCUACCCGUCUCUAAAAGGAUUUAAACAGGUCCCUACAACUUACUGGUCAAGACCAAUGAUGCAGGCUGUCGACAAGUCGACUUUGAAGGCCAGCGGCUACAGUUGGUGUAUUGGACCUGAUUUUCCAGCGAAGCAUUAUCUCGACUAUACCUAUAAUACGAUGAAGAUUCUCGGCGAGGAUCGCCCGUUAUUUUCGUACUCAUGGCUCAGUGAAACUGCACAUGAUGAUAUUAAUGGAGGUCAUCGUAUUGACAAAUAUUUUGAAGAUUUUUUCGCCAAAAUGGACCGGGACGGCAUUCUAAAUAGGACAGCUGUGUUCUUUAUUUCGGACCAUGGGUUUCGGUUUGGGUCGUUUCGAACGACUACCCAGGGACGCUAUGAAGAUACAUUGCCCUAUGGUUUUAUAUUGUUGCCUGAAUCAUAUUACAAUGAAAAUCCAAAGGCACUGGCCAACAUUAAGGCAAAUUCACGCCGACUAGUAACGGUUUAUGAUUUGCACGCAACGCUGCUUGAACUAGCCGAUAUGUGGAGCGAAGGCCGAGUCACACGAACCGCUAAUGGAUACAGCCUUAUCAGCAACGUAAUACCUGACGAUCGAACCUGUGAACACGCCAAUAUCGGUUUUCAGUAUUGUUCAUGCUUUGAGUCUCAGCCUUACGAUCGUAAGGGACGGCUCGCAACUUCGUUUGCUCAGUUUGUUCUCGACUCAAUCAACCACAUCGUAGAAAAGAAUAACGCCACAUUGAAAUGCCAUGAAUGGACGCUUCGAGACAUUGACGACCUCACGAGGUUGUCUGAAGGUGAACUUUGGACCGACAUAUUCAAGAUCUCGCUUAGCACGAAGCCCAGCGCGCAAUUUGAGGUGGCGGGGAAGUUUAUCCAAAAUGCGAAUAAAAUAGGAGGCGUCGAGUGGAAACUUGUAGCCGACAUUGAUCGUAUAGACUGGUUUAGCUCGCAUGCAAAAUGUGUUAAAGGUUCCAGCUAUGAACGAUAUUGUUACUGUAGAGAAUAGCGUUGAAGCAUUACCACUAUGGACUGAUUGACAGCUACCACGACGUGGGUAUUGCCAAUGUGCCUUGAACUUGUUCCAACCCGUUAUAAAAUAGUGAAAAUGUAUGUAGCAACUUUGUGACAAAUUCAACCGUGUUUUUGUGCGGUCAUCUUUUCAAUAAUUGUUCUUAUUGCAUGAAUAUACAAGUAACGUAGUUGAGUUAGAUAUUCUAUUCAUUUCAAAUUCAAAACGUAUGGAAAAACACCAAAGCGAACUGGGUACAUCGGUGUGAACAGUUAUAUAGGUACUGCCAGCCAUUUGUAGCUCGCAUCGACGUCGUGUUGAUAGUGAUUUCGUUCUUUUUGAUAAUGAACACAGGCUACAGCUCACUUGUUCAAAUUCUCAUUUAAAAGACAUGCGUAAUUUCUUAAUCAUUAUUAUUAUUGCUAUUGAAUUUGGAAUGGCUAGUAGUAAGUUGAGCUUAAAUUUCCGAAUAGUCGAAAAUUUUUUAAAGUAAAGCGCGCUAACCGUAGAUAAAUAUGACGGCAGUGCUGAGGUGUUUUUUGUGCAGCUAUGAUGCGACAAAAAUGAUCAAUUCUGGGACCUGUAGCCUAAAUAUAUAUGUUGUCUACGUUGGACGGCCGCUCUUCGCUGAAUACCUGCGAAAAUGAGUAGCUUUUUUUUUCUAGUAAUACUAUUUUCCUUUAAUUUAUUGGCACAUUUAUGUAUUGAUGGCUUUAUCUUUUGAGCUAUUGCUAAUUAAAAAAAAAAAACUGUUUAUGAUUAUAUUUCGCGUUUAUA